AACUGCCGUACAGACGAAGAGCUACUGCAACGAAGGGAAAACCCUUCACGAUCACAACACGAUCGCACCCGCGCGCUAUUGUCUACGUGCACUCAUCGGAACUACGUGAUGGAGACCUUAGUUCACGUCAACAUGCCAAAGGAACUGUUUUGUGUCGCUUUGCUUUUCUUCUUCACAUUCUCGUCCGCGCAAGAAAACUCGCAAGAGAAGAACGCUCAGUGUCACAACUACGCGGGAGGACACGUCUAUCCUGGGGAGGCUUCCCGUGUGCCCGUUUCAGAUCAUUCCCUGCACCUCAGCCAGGCCAAAAUUUCAAAGCCUGCACCACACUGGGAAGGAACAGCAGUCAUCAAUGGUGAAUUCAAGGAGCUGAAGCUGUCAGACUACAGAGGCAAAUACCUCGUCUUUUUCUUCUAUCCCCUGGACUUCACAUUUGUCUGCCCAACCGAGAUCAUUGCCUUCAGUGAUCGCGUGCAUGAGUUUCAGGCCAUCAACACAGAGGUGGUUGCCUGCUCCGUGGACUCCCAGUUCACCCACCUUGCUUGGAUCAAUACUGCCAGAAAGCAGGGAGGACUUGGACCAAUGAAAAUCCCUCUUUUGUCUGACCUCACACACCAGAUUGCCAAAGACUACGGAGUCUACCUGGAGGAUCAGGGCCAUACGCUGAGGGGGCUCUUUAUCAUUGACGACAAAGGCGUCCUGAGGCAGAUCACCAUGAAUGACCUUCCAGUUGGACGAUCCGUGGAUGAGACGCUUCGGCUGGUUCAAGCGUUCCAGUACACCGACAAACACGGAGAAGUUUGUCCAGCAGGAUGGAAACCAGGCAGUGACACAAUCAUUCCCGACCCUUCAGGCAAGCUGAAGUAUUUUGAUAAACUGAACUGAUGGAAUGCAUUUGAAAUUUCAAAUAAAAUGUGUUUUGGUAA